AUGAAAAAAUCGAGCGAUCUGACUAUUAAAACUACAAACGAAUCUGAAUCUCGGAAAUUUAAUAGCUUCAAUCCUAAAACUCCCUUGUAGGGUACCUUUAAUCGUACUCAUAUUCGACAUCCAAUCAAGGAGUAUUUUCCAAAUAAAUAACACGCUCAACACACUCAACAUACUCAACAUACCUCAAUUCAAAAUACUCAACCAAGCAUUAAGUCUCCGCCCAAUUCCAAACCUAUAAGUCUUGCUAAUGCUUUAUCUCUUCUGUCGAAGGAUGAAACUAACCCUACUAGUAGACGCAAUAGUCGUAGAUUACAUACAAAUCAAUUGAAGAAUAUUUUGGCAUAAGAAAAGGUCUCCCUUGAUAGUGUUCGUUUCAGCACUCAAUUUUAAAAUCCGUAGCCUAUCAUCUAAUUAUUCACAUAAUAUAAUUCACCAAAAAAGAGUUUAAAAACUAGUCCAGAUAAUAAGCAUCCCAUUAUCCAGGAGACAUUCAAAAAUCGUAUAUCUCAUAAAUUGUCAGGACAUAUGUAGGAAAAAUUGGAACAGAUUCCUUAAAUUACUUCUGAUUCUGUUAGAUAGAGAAUAUCAACCUUGAAACAAAAAUUACGAGGGAAUAUUUAGCAGAGAUAUUAUAAGUUCAAUAACAACUUUACAAUUCAAAAUCCCAACUCGUUCAAAGAAGAUAUAGAGUACAAAUUUGUAAAAUAGCCUAAACCACAAUUACCAUAAUCCCCUCCUGUUGUCUUAGAACACUAUUAAUCAUAAUUGACUGAAUUUGAAAAGAACGAAAUUAAAGAUAUUGAAAGCAUCUAUUAUUUGAGACCUGAAAAUAUAACAUUCCCUCAAGAAACUGAAUUCAACAAUGGAUUCGACACAGACAAAGGCGAUUACAUAUUUAGAGAACAUGAUCAUAUCAUUUAUCGUUAUGAAAUGUUAGAAUAAUUAGGACAUGGCAGUUUUGGAUAUGUGUUUAAAGUUUUGGAUCACAAACAUUCGUAAACUGUUGCUUUAAAAAUUAUCAAGAAUAAGGAAAAGUUUCAAAAACAAGCAUAUAUUGAAAUUGAAAUUCUGAAGAUGGUCAAUAAAGCAGAUAAUAGUUGUUGCCUCAUCAAAAUGCUAAAUUAUUUUGUUUUUCGAAAUCACGUAUGUAUGGUAUUUGAAUUAUUGAGUUGCAAUCUUUAUGAAUUCUUGGCAAUUAAUGAAUUCUAAGGAUUUGAACUUGAUUUGGUCAGAAGAUUCGCCAUAUAAAUAUUGUAGGCACUUUUGUACCUAUCGGAAUGUAAUAUUAUACAUUGCGAUCUCAAACCUGAAAACAUUCUAUUAAAGGAUAUCACAAGAUCAGGUAUCAAAAUAAUUGACUUUGGAUCUAGUUGCUUCAUUAAUUCUAAAUUAUACACCUACAUUUAGAGUAGAUUUUAUAGAGCCCCUGAGAUUUUACUUGGUAUACCCUACACAACAUAAAUUGAUAUGUGGAGUUUUGGAUGCAUUGUUGCUGAACUAUUCCUUGGGAACUCAUUAUUUCAGUCGAAAUCCGAAAAAGAAUUGUUAUUUCUCUAAGUUUCAAUUCUUGGGAAACCAUCAAAUCAAUUUUUAGAUUAUUGUCCUAAGAAACACAAAUUUUUCAAUGCUAAUUAUGAACUUCUUACAAAAAUCAAAGAUACUGAGUUGGUAUUUCCCCUCAAACCCUUGAAAGAGCUUCUCUAAACAGGAUCGCCUGUCUUUUAUGAUUUCAUAAACAAAUGUUUGUAAUGGGAUCCAAAUAUGAGAAUGAAAGCAGCAGAAGCUUUAAUGCAUCCUUGGAUUAUUGAAGGUUUGCCUAAUGAAAUUAAAAAAUAACACGUCCAGCAGAUGAAGCUCUACAUACAAUAAAAGAACUAGGAUUUGCAGGGAUAGGGUAUCCAAAUAAAAUGA